UUUUUAAAAGAGAUGUUCUAGAAUUGUAGAAUGGCUCUGGGGAUGGAUCUGAUCUCUAGGCGGAGGUUAAAGCCUCGGCUAGGACCUCCUGAUGUAUAUCCUCAGGAUCCCAACCAGAAGGAGGACGACCUCUCCGGUGUGCACGUGAAGCAGGGGUUCAGCAACCACUACUCAAGUGUACAGGAUGAGUUCGGAUCCUGCCUACAGAAGAUGGCGGGGUUCAAUCAGGCGAAAAUAUGGAAGAAUUUCCAGGAUGUUCUCGUCAAGAAGGAGGAAGUCAAUACGUUUGCGGAAAUUAAGGAUAAGAAUAAACGGCAACCGAUCAAUAUCAGAGACGAUUUCUGGCUUGUUACAGCACAGAAGAAGAACUUGGUCGAAAAAUAUUUUAAGGAACUUGCUGGAACGAAACCUCUCUCUGUUCUCGCGAAAAAGGUUCCAAUCUUCAACCGCCGGGAUGAAAUUGUGCGAGCUCUUUGUGAGUUUGAGGUGCCGGUCAACCGUGGCGUCUGGCUCAUUAAGAUGACAGCAGCCUAUGCUGCGGCUAUGCAGGAGACAAAUAAGACGAAGAAGAAGGUGAAUAUGGAUCCUGGAGCAGAGUGGACUAUUACACUCAAGCAGAUGAUCUUGGAGCAGAGGGAGCAGCUCCAACCCAUAUACACAGGAGCUGCUGUACCUGGAGGAUUAGUGGAUCCUGAUCUUAAACCUGAAAACUCUUUACCUCUCAAACAGCUUCAAUAUACUCAGGAGAUGAUGUUCUAUAUGUACCAGGAGGGUCUACUAGACAAACAGGACACAUUACAGUCCAUACUAGACAUCGUAGAGAAAACUAAGGCUCCUGAUGAACCUCUGUUCAGACUCCUGAUGCCAACUUUACUAAGGUACACCUCUGAGUUCUGUAAGACUGCCCUGCUGGCCCGCAAGCUAAGCUACCAGUGUGCACGGAAGAUAACCCACCUAGUUCUAGAAACUGAAGCGUUCAUGUCCGCACAAAAUCCGCCCCACGAGAACGGAAAUCUAAGUUCUCCCAGUAAAACUCCCACCAUACCAGGAACUACCCAACCUCUUCCCCCUGUGCUGGCUGCCCUGAUGGAACUCCAGAAUGAUCCACACAACCGUAUCAUCAUCCUCACCUUGUCCUCCAUCCUCCAGACCUGUGUCCUCGAAUGCCCCACAGCUCUAGUCUGGAAUCAAGGAACAGAGAACAAGACACAUUCCUCUUUAGCAGGGUCUCCGCUUGAUUAUUUACCUAAUAUUGCGCCUAGCAGUCUACCGAUGGCACCAAGAGCUGAUAACCAGCAAAUAAGGGCGCGCAUACGAGCAGCUGAACAGCAUAUUAAGGCGCGAAGCGCUGCUGCUGAAUCUAGUUGGAACAGCUCGGACAGCAGUGGACAGACGGGUCUGUACGGGGUGGUUGGGAAGAUACUCUCUGUGCUGGAGGAGCUGGAUAAAUAUGUAUUUGAUAAACUGGAUCCAAACACUAAUUGUAUAGAUGUACUUGCUGCCAAAAUAUGGGGACCUUGUCAGCCGGGCCAAGCUGUCUCGUCACAGGACUCUGCUGUUGUCAGUAUACUCUGUGAAUGGGCGGUUACCAACAACCGUAGCGGGGAACACAGGGCUUUUGUGGCAGCUAAACUUCUGGAGCUUAGGCAGAUAGAACUACUCUGUCCAGAGGAGGAGGAUAAAGAGGAGGGAUUCUUUGUUGGAGGGAACCCUGUGUUCCAGGAGCUUCUGUUUAAGUUCCUUGAGACGGAGGCUCCUUUCUUUCUGUGUUCCAACCCUCCUGUGAAGAAGAAGCAUGAGGUGGCCAACCUGAUCCUUCUGUUCCAUGAGUUGAUGGCCCACGAUGUGUUCUCUCAUGAUGCAUACAUGUGCUCUCUGAUCUCUAGAGGAGAUCUCAACAAUGCUUUAAUCCAGGAGAAGGUUGUUAAGGAAAAAGAGGAUGCUGCAGAUACUUCAGAUGAUCGGAUAAACGACGAGCUGGGUGCUAUUGCUAAGCAGAUCUCAGAAACAAACAAGCUGGAUGAAUUUGAACCUGGAGAUUCUGGGUUUAAUCAGUCUUCACCAACAAGCUACUCAGAGGUUUGGAGGUACAACAGACAUUGGCAGUACACAUACCAUUUCCCUAUUCCUUUUCCUCACGAGGACUCUGCCAAUCAUGAUAUUAAUCAGCGUCAUGUGCUGCUCUACGGAUCAGGGAGAGGAAGAGAGGAGAGUAGCAAAAACUGCAAGAAAAUAUCCAAAGAAAUUUUAAAACUGUUUUGCAAAAGGUUUUCAAUCGAUGUGAAUGAAGGGGGAAAGAUAAAGAAGCAUCAUAAAUCUGAGUUUAUUUUUAGUGAAGUUGUGCAAAAAUUUCAAGAACUAUCAUACUUUGAUCAGCAUUUUGUAACCAGUCAAUGUGGACAAACUGUGAUAGAAAUGGUGCAAGCUUUCCAUGCUUGUUCUGCAACAUACCUCCCGGUCACGGAGCAUGUUUCUUUCCUGUUUGACCUGGCUGGACAGGCAUUAAAUAUUCAGUGUUUACUGGACUGGUGUAUACAGCUACUCAAGGAACUACCUCUUGUUGAAUCUCAGCUUAUCGAACGGGGCUCGGUUCUAACCCGGACCUAUACUACCGGACUGUCACUGUAUAUUGUGGGAGUUCUUCGUAGAUAUCACUCUGUUCUAAUUCUAACAGAGACUGAUGUGAAGUCUGCCUGGGAGUCCCUGGUAAAGAUUUCCUACCGUCACAGUAAUGUACCGCAAGAAUCGCCCCGACAUGAUGGUAGCGGGGUAAGACGACCUCCGCCCAACUUGGACUGUAACUCUGCUGAGUGGUGUAUCAUGGGAUAUCUGUUUGAUCUUGCAGCUGCUUGUCCUUCCCUACUCAAGUCAAGUGACAAGUACCCAGUUCUUAAACGAUUGUUCAACCAGUCUAAUGAACCUGCAAGAUCUGACUAUGCUAUCAGUGAACAGUUUAAAGAGAUGAUCAAUCCCUACAUACUUCAGCCAAAGAAAAAGGUUGAUCCUUUAAUUGUUAGAUAUUUACAUGAAAAGCCAGAACAUCAGUAUACUUUGGUCUGUUGUGUGCUUGCUGCUGUUAUUAAUGGACAGCUGGAUACAGACAGGCUGAAUGAUCUAGCUAUCCUCUGUUGUGAGUUGACAGCUCAGUGUAGCACACUCUCUCAGGAGUGGUUGGGUGCGCUUUACACUCUUUGCUGUGCAGACAAACAGAGUUAUGGUUCUCUUCAUGCUCAAGUAAACUUUAGAGAUUAUUCUUUUCAUGCUUCCCUUGGAAUAUUUGUCUGUAUCCUCAUUGCCAGACAAUGCUUCUCUCUACAAUCUGUUGUACUCCGUGUUAUUACUGGAGCUCUGGUUAAACCCUGGAACUAUGGGGAUAGUGAGGGUCAUCCUGCUAUUGAAUCUGAAGCAGGUGCUCGCCUUGCUCUUCAUCUUCUUCUUAAACUAUUCAGAUCUGUUGAAUGCUUCCAACCUGGGUUUUAUUCUAUUGCAUCUCCAAGAUCAGUUCCUGUCUCUGCUCAUGAUACUGGAAUCAAGUUCUCCUGUGACCGACAUCUGUUGGCAGCAACACAUGCUAAUAUCAGCUCUGGUAUAGAGGUUGGGGCCAUCAUUGCUGUACUCAAAGCUGUUCUUCUCCUUGGAGAUUCUGCUCCUAGAAUCAGUACAGAGAGAAUACCAAACUUCCUUAGUAGUGGGUUUAAUGAGGAAGAUUUAGCAACUAUGAGUGCUAGUGGCCGGGAUGGAAUAAGCCUGGGAGAUCUUGCAUUUAUUACAUUAAAACAAAUAUGUUCUCAGGAAUGGGUUCGGGAUAUAUGUCUCCAGGUUCCAGAUGAUCUGUGUAAACCUGGAUAUCUUCUGGAUAAUCUACUCUCACCACAGCAAACCUUGAGCUUGCUCAGGCUGAUUUGUCAUACAAACAAGGAUGAUAAUGCAUCCCUUGGGAAAGCAAGGCAUCAGGAGACCAGCAGAGUCAUCUCAAAUCUUAUCAGGGAUCUAGAUGAAUGGUCUUUGCGAGCAAGUAUUAUAGAUAUCAAGCUCAUGUAUCGCUUGGAGAGUAAAAAUGGAGAGGUUGGUACAUGGUUAGAAAAUGUAUCAAGGUGUGUGGUAGAAUCCUUUAAACUUGGGGAGAAUGAUGGAAACCGUAAUGACAAGGAUGAUAAAGAUGAUUCAGAUUCUGGAGAACCUGAUUCAAAGAAGAGAAAAUUGGACUUGAUCAAGUCAGAUUCCAAACUACGGAGACGACGAUUUGGUCCAAUCUGGAUGAUUCCUCAUUUGAUAAAAAGUUUAAAGUUUCUGCAAACUAAGAUAUUGCAGGUUUCAGGACGGGUUCUGGAGAGUGGAAACUGGUCUCGGUGUGCUAAAUCUAGAAUAUCUGUUGGUCAUCAACCCUUUCUUCAGCUUGUCCUCACAAGCCUCAGAGAACUAGAAUCUUUAAAUGAUGGGAAAGGACGUCCUUCUGAGGAUAGAGAGCAGGUUCGAGAACAGUUACUUCAAUCUCUUCAUGAACAGCUAUCAACCUUUCUCUGCUUUACCUCUGAGGAGAAGGUUUACAACUAUGAGGAUCCAACUGCUAGGAAAACAAUGCAGGAUGCUCUGCAGCUCCGCUGUUCACUACUGGGAGGAAUGUUUGAUUCAAUAACCAAUAAUUUCCAAUCUGUCCAGGACUGGUCUGUUCUCCUGGUGCAGAUAGUGGUUCGUGGAGUUAUAGAUCUAACCAACAACUCUGACCUUUACUGCUCUGUGUUAGAUAUGUUGAGUUCUCUGAUCCAUGCAUCUUGUGUCAUUGACAAAGAAACCAGUAGUUCAGACAGAGUGGAGGAGAAUAAAAGACACUACCUUCUCCUUGUGAAACGGAUUAAAAAAGAAAUUGGAGAUAAACAGAGUCCUAGCAUCAAGUUUUUACGACAGCUCCUUCCCUUUCCUAAACAGAGUGAAGAGGUGAUAGUUACUGAACAGUUUGGUUUAGUACCGGAUAGUAAGGGAGCUAAGGUGCGAGGGUUUAACUGUGACAAGAAACAAGGAUUGCAGGUUUCUGAGAAACAGAAGAUAAGUCCCUGGGAUAUCCUGGAGGGGUUCAAGAACCCUGCUCCGCUCUCCUUUCAUUGGUUCCAGGCUGUUAAGACAGAAAGGAAACCAAUGAAAUAUGAAGAAGCAUUUUCAGCCAUGAAGUAUAUGAAAAAUAAUUUUAUCAAAUCUCCGUCUCAUUAUCUAGACCCUCCUCCCCUACCUCUAGAGGACCUUGAGCCCAGCAAGGACUGCAAGGAGGAUGAUAAGAACGACAUGAACAAGAUGAAGAACGAAGAUAUGAUGGACCCAAUGAACCAGAUGAACGGGGUUGGACGGGGCAAGGCUAUAAAACGAAGGGGACAGAUGAGAAUGAUGUCCCCCACUGGAUCUGGAAUGGCAGGUGGUAUGGGCCCAGGAAUGAUGACUGCUGGUGCACCAGGAAUGUAUGGUCCAGGACCCAACACUUAUCCCGGACCAAUGGGCCAUGAGAACAUGAACUACAACCCAAACAUGGGCCAGGUUAAUGUUAACCCUCAGCAGAUGAACUAUAACAACAUGGGAUACGGAAUGACUGGGAAUGCCUCAGCAGUUGGUAUGGGCGGCGGAGGUAUGCAAAACAUUCCUGGCUCUAGGUUCCCUAGCCCCGGCAUGCCGCAAACCAAGCAAGCUCUGCAGAACAUGCUGCGAUCACGAACUACUCCGGGUGGUCAGUUUGUACCUGGAGUCCCAUCUCAACCUCCUAUGGGAGGAAUGAUGCGCCCGUCUGGACAAUAUCCAGCAAUGAUGCAAAAUUCCCAACCAAUGAGCAAUAUCAACCGUCCUAUGUACUCUGGAGGGCAGAUGGGUGGUAUGAACCCUAGUUAUGGGAUGCAGGGAAGCCAGAACUAUGUUGGAUAUGGAGCAACUAGACCUCAGAUUGGGAUGAAUAACAGUGGGGACUAUAUAGGUCAAUCUAUGGGAGGCAUGAGACCUUCUGGUCAGUAUAUUAUGACCGGGCAGCCUGGGAUGCGUAUGCCCGGGAUGGUGAUGUCAAGAUCGGGCAUGAUUGGUGGGUCUGCAGGGUACGGCAUGGGUUCUGCAGUACCGAGCCAGGGUUCCUACCCUAUGCAGAGCGGGAUGGGCAUGAGUGGGAUGAGUGCCCGCCCCGGGAUGAUGCCGCCCAGCAUGAGGAGCGGUGGAGGACCGGGCAUGAUGCCCGGUAUGCCCGGCAGUUCAGGGAUGGGAAUGCAAGGUCAAGGUGGGAUAAUGCAGGGAGGAGGAAUGGGAAUGCAGAGUGGAGGGAUGGGAAUGGGAGGAAUGCAACAACAACAGCAACCUGGUGGUAGUAGCCAACUCAUGGCACAUCUACAGCGGGGGAACAGUAUGUCACAACAACCGGGGAAUCCAUAUCAACAACAACCAAGAUAUUGAUAAAACCUUAAUUAACAUUUAAGAUAAACUAUGGUGGGGAGGGGGGGGGAUACUUUGCUUAAAGUAUGCAAAGUUUCUAAAGAUUAUUUGGAAAAAUUAUUAAUGUGUUUAUUUCACCUAUUGUAUUGAGGAUCAUGAUUCUUUGACUAUAGGUUGAAUGUUAAUAAUAAUAAUAAUACAGUUCA